UCCCCUGUAAAUUCAACAUGGCGACUCCGUAUAAACUUAGAUGUAAUCUUACCGGUCAUGAAAAGGAUGUCCGCGUUCUUGUUAACUCAAUAUUUCCAGAAAAUGGAUUAAUAUCGGGAUCUAGAGAUAAUACUAGCUGUUUAUGGGUUGAAAAUGAAGCUGAGCAAAGAUUUGAUAAAAGUCUUGUGAUGAAGGGUCACACCAACUUUGUGUCUAGUAUCUGUGUCAUGCCACCUGACGACAACUACCCCCAGGGGCUGAUAGUGACUGGCAGCAUUGAUAAAAGUAUUCUGGCCUACAGACCCGGUGAAGCAGAACCUGUUUUUAAACUCACUGGCCAUGAGGGAAAUGUGUGUGCUUUAGCCUCUGGAAAAUUUGGUUUCCUUCUGAGUGGGUCAUGGGACAAAACAGCAAGGGUGUGGCUGAAUCAGAAAUGUGUCAUGGUCCUGGAAGGUCACCAGAUGGCAGUGUGGGCAGUUGGUAUCAUCUCAGGUCAGGGUGUCAUGUUAACAGGGUCAGCUGACAAGACCAUCAAGUCAUGGAAGGCAGGGAAGUGUGUCCAGACUUUCACAGGGCAUGAAGAUUGUGUCCGAGCUAUAGCUGUGAUCAGUGAGGGAGAGUUUUUAUCCUGCUCAAAUGAUGCGACCAUCAGACGCUGGGCCAUUUCAUCUGGAGAUUGUUUAGCUAUUUACUAUGGUCACACUAACUAUGUCUACUGUUUGUCAAUUUUACCCAAUGGGCAAGACUUCAUCACUGGGGGAGAGGAUCGAACAAUGCGUGUAUGGAGAGAUGGGAAGUGUGUCCAAACACUCUAUCACCCCUGUGAAUCUGUGUGGACUGUCUGUGCUUUAACUAAUGGGGACAUUGCAUCUGGGUCAAGUGAUGGUAUCAUCAGGAUCUUCACACAGGCACCAGAGAGAGUGGCCAAUGCUGAGAUACUGGCGGCCCAUGAAGCUUCCCUGGCCAGUGCUCCAGUGGCUAGCCAACCCCUGGGUGACAUCAAGGUUGAGGACCUGCCCGGCCCAGAGAGCCUGAAAAAACCAGGCAAGAAAGACGGCCAGACAACAAUGGUGAACAAUGGCAGCACAGUGGACGUGUACCAGUGGGACGCCAGCCAGUCCAAGUGGAUCAAGAUUGGCAAUGUUGUGGGUUCCAGUGGUAGCACGCAGAGCACCUCAGGGAAGACUUUGUUUGAAGGGAAGGAGUAUGAUUAUGUUUUCACCGUGGACAUCAAAGAAGGCUCGCCUCCCCUGAAGCUGCCCUACAACAUAGCAGAAGACCCCUGGAUGGCGGCCCAAAAGUUUUUGUACAAGCAUGAUCUGGCCCAGGUCUUCCUUGACCAAGUGGCCCACUUCAUCAUAGACAACACCAAGGGGGUCACGCUUGGCACUGGGUCAGCUUUAUCUCACUCAGAUCCUUUUACUGGUGGAGAUAGAUACAUCCCUGGCAAAGAUGAGACCACAGACAUGAUGAUGGAUGUGUCGGAUCCUUUCACAGGCUCGGGUCGCUAUGUCCCUGAUGGUCAAGACAGUGUCAAACAAACCAGCUCACAUUUUCCUGUCAGAGAUUUUAUUUACUUUGAUAGCGCAAGCCCUGUUGAACAAAUUUUAGGCAAGUUAAAAGAAUUCAACAAGUCUGUAGACCCAGAUCUGCAAGUGCCAGAAAAAUCUUUUGAGAGUUUAGUCCCCUUGUUGUCUGGCCAGUCCAAUGAUGAAGGGCUGAAAACUUUAGAAACUCUUAUAACAUGGCCACAAGAUUGUGUUUUCCCUGCAUUAGACAUCCUGCGCAUCAGUAUAAAAAACCAGGCCAUCUGUUCCCUGUUCUGUUCCCAGCCGUCAUUUGUGGACCUGCUCUGUCAGCACGCCAGCCAGGGCAACCAGCAGGCCUGUCGCAUGUUGGCCAUGCGCACCUUCGCCAACCUCUUCAGACACCCGGAGGGCGUGGCCCUGGCUAUGAAAGAAAUUGACAGUAUCCUCCAGUCCGCUAUUGUUGGGAAGGACUUGACCACCAAGAACGCGCAGUUGGCCGUGGCCGCUGUUAUACUGAACUACUGCGUUAAACUGGCCCGUGUUGAUGAUCUAGAGAGUAAAUCCAAAUGUCUCCAGGCUGUGGGGGAGGUGCUGACGGCCACUCUGGAUCCUGAGGCCGUCUUCAGACUUCUGGCCGGCGUGGGAACCCUGGUUACCGGGGACGACGGCUGCAAAGCUCUGGCGCAUUCCAUUGACUUGCCAGAUUUGAUAGCCAAAUUUCAAAUCUCAGACAUAGCCAAACUGGCAGAGUGCGCCCUUCAACUGUCUAAAACUCUGGCCAGCUAAGGUCUUUCAGUGCCAGACACCGCCAGUUAGUUGUGUUUGAGUGAUCUCUCUACUCCGUGGAACUAUAGUUUUACUCCAUCAACCUCAACAAACUAUUUUUUAUCAAAAGGCCAGCUCUGUUUGUUUUUCUUGAAUUAAUUACACAUGCAUUUCUUAAUUAAAUUAUUACAGCAUGGA